AGAUGAUAUAUGUAAAUUUGUCGCUGUGAAAUAGAAAUGUCACCCAUGUUUCUCUUGGUCUUCUAUUUGCUGCCUCGUACGGACGGAAACUGACAAGUGGCUAUGGGGCCAUUAUGCUCUGGCUUCAGCCGCAGACUGCGGGUACAACCGGGACGAUUUUUUCGGGAUACAUUGUUCGCGCCAAGCAGGCCGAGCUGCUAUCCCACUUCAGCGGCGGAACGACAAAGUAUAAUCACGGGCCGCGAGCGGAGGUACCAGUCGACCGAUGCACAAAUUGCUGUAAGUAGGCGUGGCACGCAGUCUGACGAAGCUGGAUGUGGGCGCGUAGAUCCGAAGCACGAUGUUCAACGGCGAGGAGGACAGACUCUUGCAAUAGCUUUCUCGGGAAGGCAGCUGUUGCGGCAAGCUAUCGAGGACACUGAUUCACGUUGGAAGUUCUACCCACUUCCGUGUGGUUGGCCAGCCUCUUAUUUGGUUCAAUUUUGCGACGGGAGUAGCGACGACUGUUGGUUGCCACUUCUCGUGCGGACAGCAGCACGUGCAAAGCGGCUUGGCGCUGACGAGGGGACACGGUUUUUCAAAUUCCGCAUCAAUUGCGUGCCGUUCUUCCAGAUCUGUGUUGGUCUUGAGUCGAACGCAUUUUUCGUGGUCCCGUCCAGAACAUCAGGCGCCUUGCAGCAUCCGCGGUUCACGGAAUUCGCCGAUGCCCAACGCACGCCGCUUCUUGAUUUGUUGGAUCGCAUGCAGAAUGAAUGGCAGACCGGCGCAUUGAGAAGCAAAUCCGCCUGGUUCCACAUUUUUCAGCAAACAAUGCUUGCGUCUCCACGCCAGGCCGCAUUUUGCAAUGCUCUUUUACAGUUGCAGAGCAUGGUUUACGCAAAACUUGGUCUGGAGUUGGCCUUUCCGGAGUCAUCUUUAAAUCGGGUGCAUAACACAACAGUCGGCGAUUACAGAAUUCUGCAUCGCAUUGCGUCGUGUAAUCCGCAUCACGUUGGAAGUGUUUUGAAGUUCACAACGUCGUGCGGUAAGGACAGCGACCGCCCCUAUUUACUCGCGGAGGUCGCAUCCCUCGACUUCGUCUGCGCACUCAAUUUUGACAUGCGUUCCCAGGCUCUUCGGGGAUUCUUCCUUUUCCCCAGGGCCCACUUACUUCCAUUGCUGACAAAAAAGGACCACAAUGUGCCGCACUGCAGGCGAUCCUACUGGGCAUACUUUCCCGAGGAGGCGCACCGUGCAAGAGCUCGCGACGUUAAGGAUCGCGUCGCCCGCGAUAUGGAAUUUUACAUUGACCUGAAAGACAGUGAGAACGACGGAGAUCUUGUUGCGAAAGUUCAAAGGAUCCUGGACAGCUCCUGGCGCCCGCAACAAGAAUGAUGAAGCACUGUUGUAUUGGCUUUCGCACAGAAGUGACAGCAGAUGCAAAAGAAAAUAAUCGUUCGCUCAGCGACAGGAGUUCGUGGAGCAAUGAGGAUUGACCAACAGUAAAGAAAACGAAAAGGGGCAGAGGGAAAGGAAAGAAGUGACGAAAUGAUCGAGG